AUGGUAAAAAAGAAUGAAUGGUCAAUCCUCCCACCAGACCGCACCCCACCCUAUCCCGUUUUGGUGGGUGUAUCGUGUGAUAGUUGCUUCCGAUUCGAUGGAGUUGACGCCUGGUUAUAUUUUAACUCGACAGUCAAUAUAACCAACACCGCUCACUACAAACUGGAAAUCAUGACUAAAAAAGACAAUGGUCUGAUAUUUUAUGCAAGAGGAGGUCAAAGAGAUUUCGAAGCUCUUUUCCUGCAAAAUGGUCAUUUGACCUAUUUUCUGUUUAACCCCACCGAAUAUGGCACAGGUUCAAGCCAUGGGUCAUAUAUCGAAUCUCCGAAAAAGAUCCACCUAAACAAACGUUAUAAGAUAGAGUUUUACCGAAAUAAGGGCUUCAAGCAGAGCGAUGGAACCAACACUUUCAAAUCUGGAAUCAAAGUGAACGACAAAGAAUCCAAGAAAGUCGGUUUUUGUGCUGAUGUCAAAAUCAACCCACCGUUUUACCUCGGUGGAACUAAUGAUGAAAUUAUAUCUCGGUCUUUUCAUAUCUAUCUAUCUAUCUAUCUAUCUAUCUAUCUAUCUAUCUAUCUAUCUAUCUAUCUAUCUAUCUAUCUCAGUCUUGAGCACCUCGGGGUGUCUGUUCAUAUCUAUCUAUCUCAGUCUCUUCAUAUCUAUCUACCUAAGUCUGUUCAUAUCUAUCUAACCAUUUAUCUAUCUCAGUCUGUUCAUUAUCUAUGUAUCUAUCUGCUUUUCUAUCUCUAUAAAUAA